GUUUCCCACUUUCACUUUAAACCAAAACCAUGCUACCCCCUCCACUUCUUUAUAACCCAACCCCAUUUAAGAAGAGUAGUAUAAGCUUCUUCACUCACAUAGCCUAAAAGAGAGAGAGAUAGAGGUUGCAAAAACAAAGAUCAAAACCAAAGAGCCUAAAAGAUGAUGAAGGGAAGCAAGUCAUACACGGAGUAUUCAUCAAAUUUCUCAACGGAUGAGUUUGGCUAUGAUCAGAACCGCUCAAACUCUUACAACUUUAAUGGGCCUUGCAUCAAUACAGAUCCAGAGAUGAAGAGAAAGAAGAGAGUAGCUUCUUACAAUCUUUUUGCCACGGAGGAAAAGCUCAAGAGUACUCUCAAGAACAGUUUCAAAUGGAUCAAGAACAAGUUCUCUGGUGAUGAUAAUAGUAUCCGGUACAACGUCUAGAUUAGUCUACUUUGAUAUACUUUUGAUCUUUCAUCUUCUUUGAUCUUUCUUUUUUUAGUUAUACUAAGAGCAUAGUGAAACUUAACAUGUAUAUUAAGUGUGUGAGAUUAUGUAUGUGUGUGUGUGUGUGUCGAGUGAUUUGUAUGUUACUCAAAUGGAAAUAUAGAUAUUGAAAUAUAAAAUCCGAAGUUUAAUUGUUUCUUUA